AUGGACGACUAUCCCGCCAAACGCCAAAGCAGAAUGAAAAUCGACUCCCUGCUGAACCCCGACUCGGGGGCCGACAGCCACGCCUACUCCCACGCGAGCAUGUCGCACGGCUACCAGCACUCCCCCGGCUACCCGCCCUCGCCCGGAAACCAUCAAUAUUUCAAUGGCUACCGGUACAACUACCACGACACCUCGCCGUCCUCGACGGCCACGACGCACAGCAGCGCCUCAGGCCCGGCCCCAGGCUCGCACAUGUUCCUGUCCUACCGGCCUUCAUUCACGUCCACACAGGGGGAGUCGGUGCCCUCGAGCCCGGAUCCUUACCACCCGCGUGAACGGUACGACUCUGUCUCGAGCACUUCGUCGAAUAACGGCGCCGAUCGACGACGGCCGCCCCGGCCCAAGUACGAGGAGGAGGAAAUGUAUUUUAUUUGGUACCACCGUGUUGACCUGUGUCAGGAGUGGAAGGAGGUGCGCGAGAGCUUUAAUAGGCAGUUUCCUUCGCGCCAGCGUCGCGGUUUUCAGGGCAUCCAGUGCAAGUUUUAUCGCUUUAUUAAGGAGAAGAAGUGUCCGACUCUCCGGGAGCAACGGCGGAUGCGUGAUGGGGAGUUCCUUCGUGAGGGUGCCGCACUGGGCCCGGACUCGGGGGCACCGCGGUUUGGCGUUAUUGAGUGGGCGAAUGUGUGGUAUCCGUGGAUGAGGGAGGAUCGGGAGACGGCGUUGCAGAGGCAGCGUCUUGCUGCUGCAGCGACUUGA